AGCUGAAGAAGAAGCCACUAAACGGCGGCAGAUGCAGGAAGCGGAAAUGAUGUACCAGACAGGGAUGAAAAUCCUCAACGGAAGCAACAAGAAAAGCCAGAAAAGAGAAGCAUAUCGGUAUCUUCAAAAGGCAGCAGGCAUGAAUCAUACCAAGGCCGUGGAGAGAGUGUCAUAUGCUCUUUUGUUUGGUGAUUACCUGACACAGAAUAUCCAGGCAGCUAAAGAGAUGUUUGAGAAACUGACUGAAGACGGCUCUCCUAAGGGACAAACUGCUCUUGGCUUUCUCUAUGCCUCUGGACUUGGUGUUAAUUCAAGUCAGGCAAAGGCCCUCGUAUAUUAUACUUUUGGAGCUCUCGGGGGCAACCUAAUAGCGCACAUGGUUUUGGUAAGUAAGACUUUAGUAACAUUGAGGAGCAGAAUUUUUGGUUCAUGAGGGGCCAUAGCUUUUCUAGCUUUCAUGAAUGAGAUGCACUUAUAUUCAUUAAGAUCAAAUAUUCAGUUGAACAUUUUUCAAAUUCCUGUUAAUGGGUACAACACUUGCAUCUACACAUGGAUGAAAAUUUGCACAGUCCACAGUUUUUCUUUAAAAUGAUGACUUUGGCUGAUUGCCCUUGUGAUAAAUGGCUCUUUUUUAUUUUCCGUAAGUUGGAAAUGUUUGUCAAAAUCAUUUCUUUGGUUAUCACAGAUUUUACAUUGAAAAUUGAUUUAUGUUUUACAUUUAAAUUUAUAUAAAUAAGGAGAUUGUUACAGGAAUCAGCUAGAAAGGCACUUAACCCACACUGGUGUUGGAAGGAGAGGUUAAAGGAGAUACUUCUGAGGAAAGAAGUAACUAAAGUAAUUCUUGAGGGAUAAAUAGCAGUGAGUAUGAAUAGAAGUGGAAGGGCAUUCAGACAGCAGGAGCAAUAUAUGCAGAAGGACAGUGAUGAGGGAAUGUGGUGCUUGCAAGAAAAUACAGGCUCUUUAGUGUGGCUGGAGAGUAGAACAUCAGGAAACUUAUCAGCAAUCACGUAAAUGGUCUGUAUGUCACGCCAAGGAACUUGGACCUCAUCUGUACAGACGUAAACUGCUGAAGUAGUUUAAGCCAGUGAAAAACAAGGAUGUUGCUCCAACUUUCUGAAACAUUCCUCACUAAUUUUGAAGGUUUUUUUCCCAUUGGCUUUUUUCGUCUAUGGUAGGUAACAUUUAUUCCUCAAACAGUAAAUGAAAAGUUCCUUUUAGAUCAAUUUUCCAGAAAUUUAAAGCAUAUUUUUAUAUGGCAAAAAUAUGUUACA